UUAGUAAACCGGAAGUUAUCCGCGUUCAUGGGCGAUACAUUGAGUUUUUCCUCCAUUGUCAACAAAAUCAUUAGAUACGCGGUAUAUAUUAACUAGACACAAUUUACAGACUGAAGACUGAAGAUUUUGCAGGGAUUUUGAUUAUAUAGACACAGUAAAGGAUAUUGUUGACAAAAUGAACGUGACUUUAGCUGUUAAGCAGUAUGUCACCAAAAUGAUAGAAAGCAGCGGACCGGGAAUGAAGGUUUUGCUCAUGGAUAAAGAAACGACCAGCAUCGUGAGUAUGGUUUACACACAGUCUGAGAUCCUGCAAAAGGAAGUCUACCUGUUUGAGCGGAUUGACUCACAGAACCGUGACAACAUGAAACAUCUGAAGGCCAUCUGCUUCCUGAGACCAACCAAGGAUAAUGUAGAAAAUCUGAUUCAGGAGCUGCGACGUCCCAAAUACAGCGUCUACUUUAUCUUCUUCAGUAAUGUCAUCAGUAAGAGUGAAGUGAAAGCCUUGGCAGAAGCUGAUGAGCAGGAAGUUGUUGCAGAGGUGCAGGAGUUCUAUGGAGACUUCAUUGCUGUGAAUCCUCAUCUGUUCUCCCUCAAUCUACAAGGAGUAUCCAGGGGUCGAAGCUGGGAUCCCAGUGUUCUUCCACGUGUCACUCAAGGUUUGACCUCUGUGCUGUUGGCCUUAAAGAAGUGUCCCAUGAUUCGUUACCAGCUCUCCUCUGACAUGGCCAAGAGACUGGCUGAAAGUGUUAAGCAAAUCAUCAGCAAGGAGUAUGAACUGUUUGACUUCAGGAAGACCGAAGUUCCCCCUCUUCUGCUGAUUCUGGACCGAAGUGAUGAUGCAAUCACUCCCCUCCUUAACCAGUGGACAUAUCAGGCAAUGGUUCAUGAGAUGCUUGGUCUCAACAAUAACCGAAUAGAUCUGUCCCGAGUGCCUGGCAUUAAUAAAGACCUGAAAGAGGUGGUGCUGUCAGCAGAGAAUGAUGAAUUCUAUGCCAAUAACAUGUACCUGAACUUUGGUGAAAUCGGAACAAACAUUAAAAACUUGAUGGAGGACUUUCAGAAGAAAAAGCCAAAGGGCCAGCAGAAACUAGAGUCUAUUUCUGACAUGAAGGCAUUUGUGGAUAACUACCCACAAUUUAAGAAGAUGUCGGGCACAGUGUCCAAGCAUGUGACGGUGGUGGGCGAGUUGUCUCGACUAGUCAGUGAGAGGCAGUUAAUGGAGGUAUCUGAGGUGGAGCAGGAGCUUGCAUGCCAGAAUGAUCACUCUAAUGCCCAGCAGAAUGUUCGGCGUGCGCUGCAGAACCCACGUUUGUCGGAGCUCGAUGCGGUGCGUCUGGUGAUGCUCUAUGCUCUGCGCUAUGAGAGACACAGCAGCAGCAUCCUGCCUAAUCUUAUGGACGACCUAAGCAGGAGAGGGGUGUCUGAAAAAUACCGCAAGAUGGUACAAGCCGUAAUCGAGUAUGGAGGCAAACGGGUCAGAGGAAGUGAUCUCAUUACUCCUACAGAUGCUGUGGCCAUCACCAAACAGUUUUUCAAAGGACUCAAGGGUGUUGAGAAUGUCUAUACCCAGCACCAGCCUUUGCUGCAUGACACACUGGAUCAGCUAAUUAAAGGCCGUUUGAAGGACAGUCAGUUCCCCUACCUCGGGCCGAGUUCUCUGCGGGACAGGCCGCAGGACAUCAUCGUGUUCAUUAUUGGUGGAGCCACAUAUGAAGAAGCACUGACCGUGUACAACCUGAACCGCACCAUGCCAGGCGUUCGCAUUGUGCUCGGAGGAACAACCAUUCACAACACCAAGAGCUUCCUGGAGGAGGUGACAUCAGCAGUUGGCUUGAGUCAUGGGGGAGACAGGGGGUCACACGGAGCCGGGCAUUCAUCAACCAGGCGCUGAACACUCAUCAGUAGUUCUCUUAUUAAUAUAAAACAGUGCUGUGUGUGUGUGUGUGCGCUCUCAGAGCCGAAAGCUACUUUCAUGUUUCCAUCCCACUCAUCACAGACAUUCCUCUCUCCAGUGUCCAGAAUAUACCUAAUUGUGAGUCAGAAAUGAUUCUUGUGUCCAAAACAAAAAUGUUUAUUACUAUGACAACACUACAAGAAGUUCACAGUCAGCUCCUCCCAAGACGUAACUGUACAGCCUGUAUAUUGUCUGAUCUGAAUGUAAAUAAGGUAGAUACACAUGCUCUUCCAUUGAAAACUAAAAUUAGAGGCAUCUAUGGUCAUCUAUGUUUUAAUAUUUUAACUGCAAAUAUAUUUAACAUUAAUGUUUCUAAUGCCCAUGUGUACAGAGAUACAUGUUCUCUCUUCUGAGGCAAAACUGGACCUUAACUGCAAAGAUAUGUGUGCACAUAUACUGAUGGUUUAAUUAAUUAAGCAGCUUUAAUGAAUUAAACCAGCACUGGUUUAAUUUAUGUAAUAGUUCUGUACACUCACUGUCCAUUUUAAUAGGAAUACCUGCUUAUUUAUGCAGUUAUCUAAUCAUUUGCUCAGGUGGCAGCAGCGUAAUGCAUAAAUCACACAGAUACAUGUCCAGAGCAUUAGUUCAUAUUCACAUCAGGAUGAGGAUAGGUGAUCUCUGUGACUUUAACUGUGACAUGGUUGUUGGUACCAGAUGGGCUGGUCUGAGUAUUUAACAAACUGCUGAGCACCUGAUAUUUCCACACACACACACCAUUCUUUAGAGGUUACAAAAACAAAAAAGUGAUCGUUCUGUCGGUGGAAAUGACUUGUUGAUAAGAAAGGUCAGACAAAAUGACCAGAAUGGUUCAACCUGCUAGGAAGUAUAUAGUAUAAAUUAAAUUGAAUAAAUACUUUAUAAUGCUUACCCAUCAUUAUGGGAUGAAAUCUAUUCAUUUAAAUGGAUUUAAUUUAAUUAGUAUGUGGCGUACAUGGUCAAUCAGUGAUGACUGAAUGGACACAUGGGCAUUUGCAUUUAAUGUGAUACUUAAAGUUAUGAACACGGACUGUUUUUGCCUGUUUUGAAUCACAUAUGGGUUUUAUGUAACGGUGUGUGUCUUGUGUGGCAUCUUUUCUUCAUGAUUUCUCUUUGCAGUUGUACAGUGUGACAUACUUUAAGAUAUUCCGAAGAAUGAAUAUUUUUAAAUUAAGUUUAAUAAAUGAAAAUUGCAGUAUUGGUAAUCACUGAA